AUGCCGAAAAAGAGAAACGAUGUGCAAAUUGUGGAAGUGGAGAAGAAAAAAUUGGAGGAGGAGAUCCACAAAAAGGUAUUUGACAAAGGAAAUCGAUUCCGCUAUUCAUAACCGUUUCAGCUGCCAACAGUGAAAGCGAAGCAGGAUACAAUCAAUGAGAAUCUGGAACGACUGCAAGAGUUCCGCGACAACGAACCAAAUCCGCUCGGAAAAGGAAAGGCGAGUUGGACCUUUUAUUGUUUUCAUCAGAACUAAUGUUUUUCAGCAGAAGAAUCAGGCCGCCGUCACCGCCGUUCAUCGAUCAUGCGAUUCACAAUUGGUAUUCACGCGGUGAGUUCGGAAAGCCAGGCGAGCAGACAAUUACGACGAUUAUUUUUAGAAAUCUCACCGAGUACAUGUACAACAUCGUGGAAAUGGAUUAUCGCGCACAAAUAGCAUCAGGAGAGCUCAGUCGCAGAGAUUUGAUGGAAUUAAUCAAGCUUCGCGGAGACCUCCUUCCUCUCUGGAUCAAUUUCGAUUCACCGUUCCCAGGAGAAUACGUGGGAGCCAUCGCCCCUGCUGACGGAUCGAAAUUGAACGAGCACGAUUCUGUGGCGGCGUUCAACAAAGACGGCAAUUGGAUAUUGGCCGAUAUCGUGUCAUGCCACACGAACUCUCGCUACGAGUGCAGAGACGUCGACGACGACAAGAAGAAGCUAACAGUCUUCUCGCGAAGUCAUCUGAUUCCACUUCCGAAAUGGAAGGCCAAUCCGAAGACCGAGAGACAUGCUCUUUUCGAAAAGAAUGCCAUCGUUCUCGCCCUUUACCCACAGACCACUUGCUUCUACAAAGGUAUCAACCUUUCUCUUUUUUCUAUAUUUUUCAUCGUUUUCAGGAAUCGUUCACUCUGCACCGCUCGAGUUCCGUGAAGCGUAUCAAAUUGCCUUCGAAGAUCUCAGCUACGCAUCCGGCUUCUGUCCACCAAUGCCAGUUUCCCAGAAAUACGUCAUCGCUUUCCGGGAAGUCGCCGGAGCCACCGCUUCCACUGCUCCCAGAAAAAACCACAAAAAGAAGUGA